AUGGACCUUUCAAGCCUGAAGAACAGCAGAGAUUUAUUUGCGCUCGCUGCCUAUCACUUUGGCCGGUAUCGGACGACAGGCUCUGAGCGUAUGGAGGGCUCGAAGGACGAUCUGAUGUUUCAAGCCUUCUUCGAUAAGCCAGUGCUUGUAUCCCUCUGUAGCCACGAAAUGCUCCUGGAGAUUACAGUGACCGAUGGUCACUGCAAUCUCGACCAUGGACGCGCAACUGAGGCAGCGGCUGCCAACCAUUCGCGCAAGAGAGAUAUACCGAAGAAUAUCUUAUUUACCUACUGUGUACCGUCCGCAGUCGACAAGAUGGCAGGCUGCACUGCGUUGAUCGGGAGCGAAAGGCAUGGGGUCCAGCUACUUGUGUUCGACUAUAAAAGCGCGAAGCUCGUCCGAUCGUCCGUCCGCGCGACAGACGGGACGCAUCAGCCGAUUCCCCAGGUCGAAGGACAACAGUCUCUCGAGUUUUACCUGUAUCAAUAUCUCGAAUUCUUGCAGUCCGCUGGUCAUCACACCCUAUCCUCCCUCCCCGGCUUCGAGGACGACAAAGGAGACGUCCCUACCACAAUUAACUACUCGUGGAUCGCCGACGUCGCGCUGCGACAGCUGGUUCAGCUAGACGAGAUUCACAGCGUUUCACUCUGGAAGAUCAAUGGCUACUUGUCCACCGUGUGGUUGAAGGCUGCUAUGCUUGUCUCUAUCCAGACCGAUGCACUGAGCGACCGGUCAGGUACAUCUCUCGCGGAAUAUCGUGUCACGGCUUGGGGCAAUGAUGAAGUCAUCAUGACAUUCGUCGUCGACGAAGUGUUCCUUUACAGUGGUACCAAGUGGGAAGGGCAGCCGGUGAAGAGCUUCGGCGAAUGGGAGAUCGCUGUGAUAAUGAACUUCUCCUAUGAGAAACCACUGGAGCACGAUGGCAAUGUUAUCCGGUGCAAAGUCGAUAUCGCGAGCAGUCAUCUUCUAACAGCCUCCUCGUUCUUCGGAGAUGUUGAUUUCGACAAUGAAGACGCGACCGUGCUGUCAUGGGUCGAUUACAUCAUCACCUUUAUCUCUAACGAAUACUUGAAUAUCAUCGAGAAUGCCGGGUACAAUAUCAUCUACGAACACGAUCUGCGCCGGCGCUCUAUCACAGGGUACGGGGAGGUCGGCGACUUUGACUUCGAUGGGAGUACCGACCGGUACGCUUGUCGAGAUGGGACCGAGGACAGCGGGAUGCAUGCGAGGACUAUGGCAUGGCGGAAGAUCACUCAGGGAGACGACAUGUGCGAUUAUGACCAGAUUACCGCUCACGGUCGAACGGCGCCGGAGAUGACGAUCUGGCACGAAGUCGCUCAGAAGAGCGACAUGUACGGCUUCGACCAGAUUACUGCCCUCUCCCAGGCCGCCAUCAACAUGUACUACCGCUCCAUCUGGACACAGGCCGAAUUUAAGCCGCCAACGGUGCGCCUGCGCGGAGAUGGUCGAGCGAUAGUCUUCCUCUACAUUAAACGCGGCUUCUUGAAGCCUCUGCGUAACGGGGCCCCGUACCCCGAUGGCGACAAGUUCGAGUUCGAAGAUUGGCGGAUCGCUUUCGAGGCCGACCUCAAGAUGUGCGAUCACUCAGCGUUGACGGAGAUCGGUCCCGAGUGGCAGGCCGCGUUCAAGAAGUCUCGGGUCUAUGAACAGUACGGCACGAGUGAGAUAGUCGACUUCAAGCACAUUUAUCUCGACUUCCAGAAUGUAACCUUCCUGCAUGAGUCUUCCCGCUUCGACGGGCUGCUCACCGUUCUGAACAAGCGCUCCAUCGACAAGGUGCAAGCAGCAGUUGUCUAUCUCCGCGACUUUUACCUCAAGCAGCUCGUUUCCGCGGGCCACCAUGUGCUCUACACUAUCCCAGUCCUAAACAGGCCGUCAGCAGAGCUAUACCAGUGCCUCACCAGCGUCGUCUUCCACAUCUACUCGGAGACAUCGAGCGAACACAGCUGGAACGAGCAGUCCCGUGCCUCCGAGCCGAUCGUUAUCAUCUUGGGCAUGUGCGGCGGCCGACCCAUGCCCGCCUCGGCUCUGCGGUAUUCGACAGAGUGGAUCGUCCGCGUAGGAAGAUUCUCAUCUUAUGGUACUGCGGCUAUCUCGGGUGGUCUGUUCUUGAGGGAGAAGCUUCUGCGGAAGUUGUCCGAGAUCAACACCAGGACGACUAUCAUCCCCUGA